AUGAUGGGACCCAUUAACAGUGAUAUAUUCUUUCAAGAACGGUUGAUGCUCAAUGGAGUUAAUUUAAGAAUCAAACUAAACCGAGCCAAGAAUGUGUUUUGUCUUGUGUCCUCAGCAGCCGGAGCUGAUUUCAAAGUGGUUAUCACAGAAGCCAUCUUGUUUGUACGCAGAGUCAAGGUUGCCUCUUCUAUCAUUCUAGGCCAUGCAGCUGGGCUAAAACACUCCAGCGCCAAGUACCCCAUUCGCAGAAUAGACUGUAAAGUACUCUCUAUUCCAAGAGGAUUUAGCAGUUUUAACCCUGACAACAUCUUUUUGGGUCAAAUUCCCAAGGCUUACAAUGGGAGUUACCGUACCAACCCCUUCAACUUCAAUCACCAAGAUUUAACUCAAGUGGGUGUGUACGUGGACGGAAAACAAAUCCCCCGAAAACCUUUGUUCCUGAAGUUUGACGCCGCUGGUGGACAAAAUGUGAUAGCCGGCUAUCAAAGUCUUUUCUCUGGUAUUGGAAAGCUUUCCCAGGAUACAGGCAAUCAGAUAAAUAGAAGUGAUUACGGCUCUGGUUACACCUUAUUCGCAUUUGAUUUGACCCCAGAUCACUGCCCUGGAGAUCAUUUUGAGCUUAUAAAACAAGGAAACCUGCGCUUGGAGCUUCAUUCCUCGGAAGCACUUGCCAACACGGUUAACCUUAUCGUCUACGCUGAAUUUCAAAACGUGAUUGAGGUCGACGCAAACCGAAACGUUCUCUACGACUACACAAACUAA